AGUCGUUUGUGAUGAGGAAUCUCGUAUUUUAAGCCGAUUUUACGCUAGGUUGUGUGUUUAUGUCAUAUUUCAGGUCCUGGCGUUGGAAUCGAGGCGAAGGAACGAGUUCUGGAUCGAAAGGAGCGAAGAUUGGACAAAGGAUGCUGCUGGACCAAAAUACCCGGUCAAAGGAAGAAAUACCCGACCGGGUAUAUUCUGGCCUCGACCGGGUAUUUCCUCCUUCGGGCACCCGUGAGAAGCAGAAGGGGGCCCGGGCGAUGGCGAUAAAUCCCCGGUCGGGGAUUUUGGUGGUAGACCGGGGAUUUUCCCCUUAGUCAGACGGUGCGUUUCAUAAAAUACCCGGUCGAACCAUAAAAUACCCGACCGGGUAUUUUGACCGGGUAUCGCGACCAGGCAGCUGAUAAAAGAGGAAGAAGGCC